AUGGCUUCAAACACGGCGACCGUGGCGCUGCAGCAGGGCACCUGUGACAUGCCUGAUAGGGCGUAUGUCGGGAUCCAAGAGAUAUGCGGCCAGUCACUGCAUCUUCUAGUGCUAAUCAGUCGUAGCGGACUUCCGCCCCACUGGUGGCUAACCGUGGUCAUCUGGUCACCAAUUAAAAGCGGUCGAAAGAAACAUAAAUUAAAUGCAUUCUUAAAUUUAGCUGCGUGGAACGUAAGAACGCUACUGGACAAUGAAAACAACCUCUGUCCUGAGAGGAAAACUGCACUCAUAGCGCGUGAAUUGUCCCGCUAUAACAUCGACAUAGCCGCACUCAGUGAGGCACAUUUAGCGGAUAGCGGUGAGCUCUGUGAGGAAUUGGGUGGAUAUACGUAUUACUGGGAGGGUAAACCUGCAAAUGAACGAGCCGCAAAUGGUGUUGGAUUUGCGAUCCGAAACAACAUUGCUAGAUCGCUAGUGGAGCCUCCAAAAGGGAUCAAUGACAGGCUCAUGACACUACGACUCCACAUGGCUCCCAGGAAAUACCUACAUCUUGUAAGCGUGUAUGCGCCUACUAUGACAACACCUGAUGAGGACAAACUUCAAUUUUAUGAGAAUCUGCGUGAUGUUUUGCUGGGGAUUCCAGAUUGUGACAAGUUGAUUCUGCUGGGUGACUUUAAUGCGCGUGUCGGCACAGAAUAUAUCGCCUGGAAGAACGUACUGGGGAGACAUGGAGUAGGUAAGUGCAACACCAGCGGUGUUGCUCUCCUGACGUUAUGCUCCGAAUUCAACCUCAGCAUAACAAACACAUUCUUCAGGCUACCCAAUAAAUACAAGACAUCUUGGAUGCACCCACGCUCUGGGCACUGGCAUCUUCUUGAUAACAUCAUUGUACGCCGGCGAGACCUGAGAGAUGUACUUAUUACAAGAGCAAUGCGUGGUGCCCAAGGCUGGACUUACCAUCGUCUUAUUAGAUCCAGGAUGAAGCUUUACUACAAGCCUCCGCGUAGAGCAGAACACAGGAUUCCAGUUCGACAUGCUUGUGCGCGUUUGGUGCGUGAUGAGGGACUGUGUCGUGAGCUAGAUGCGGAAUUUGAGGCAGCAAUGCCCAGCACUGAUGAUAUUACCUCAGUGGAUGCCAGCUGGCGUACAUAUUCCACGGCUCUCUAUUGUGUUUCUCAGCGAGUUAUUGGCACACCACAUAAAAAACAUCAAGACUGGUUCGAUGAUUCUGAUGUGGAAGUACGGCAGCGUGUUGAAAACUAUCGUCUAGCUCUAAGAAGAGUCAUCAGUGCAGGGCAGCGCAAGUCUCUUCAGCAGGAUCUUAAAGCAAAGUUCCGAGAACAAAAGGAUAGUUCGUGGCGCCGUAAAGCCGAAGAACUACAAUGGUUAGUUGACACUAGCCAAACAGCAAAAUUUUUCGAAGGGCUAAAAUCCGUUUACGGACCCCACGCUAAAAGGACUGCCCCUGUUUACUCGCGAGAUAAAGCUAAGAAGUUGACAGAUCCAAAUGAGGUUCUUCUUCGUUGGGCUGAACAUUUUAAUGAAGUGCUCAAUCCUGGUAGUCAAGGAGCAGAUCUGUCUUACAUUAAUUCACUUGAGAGCUUGCCAUCUGCUUCGGGCUUGGAUGACCCGCCUUCGUACGUCGAGUUCGUUACUGCGAUCAACCGUUUAAAAAAUGGUAAAUCACCUGGUUCGGACAGUCUGUCUUCUUAA